UGGCACCUUCUCCUGUCCCUCAGGCUCUUAAGUAACAACAAGAUCACCGCGCUUCGCAACGGAUCUUUCCUGGGACUGUCCCUGCUGGAGAAGCUGGACCUGAGGAACAAUGUCAUCAGCACCGUGCAGCCUGGCACCUUCUUGGGCCUCGGGGAACUGAGACGCUUAGACCUCUCCAACAACCGGAUUGGCUGUCUCAGCUCUGAGACCUUCCAAGGCCUCCCUAGGCUUCUCCGACUAAACAUAUCUGGAAACAUCUUCUCCAGUCUGCAGCCCGGGGUCUUUGAUGAGCUACCAUCCCUUAAGGUGGUGGACUUUGGUACCGAGUUCCUGACCUGCGACUGCCACCUGCGCUGGCUGUUGCCCUGGGCCCGGAACCGAUCUCUGCAGCUGUCAGAGCGAACGCUCUGCGCCUACCCCAGUGUCCUGCACGCCCAGGCCCUGGGUGGCCUCCGGGAGGCCCAGCUCUGCUGUGAGGGGGCCCUGGAGCUGCACACACACCACCUCAUCCCAUCCCUGCGCCAAGUCGUGUUUCAGGGGGACCGGUUGCCCUUCCAGUGCUCUGCCAGCUACCUGAGCAACGACACCCGCAUCCACUGGUACCACAACCGGGCGCCCGUGGAGGGCAACGAGCAGGCGGGCAUCCUCCUAGCCGAGAGCCUCGUCCAUGACUGCACUUUCAUCACCAGUGAGCUGACCCUGUCUCACAUCGGCGUGUGGGCCUCCGGCGAGUGGGAGUGCUCUGUGUCCACGGUCCAGGGCAACGCCAGCAAGAAGGUGGAGAUUGUGGUGCUGGAGACCUCCGCCUCCUACUGUCCUGCCGAGCGUGUCGCCAACAACCGUGGUGACUUCAGGUGGCCUCGAACUCUGGCUGGCAUCACAGCCUACCAGUCCUGCCUGCAGUACCCUUUCACCUCGGUGCCCCUGAGCGGGGGUGGCCCAGGCACCCGAGCCUCCCGCAGGUGUGACCGAGCCGGCCGCUGGGAGCCAGGGGACUAUUCUCACUGCUUGUACACCAAUGACAUCACUCGGGUGCUCUACACCUUCGUGCUGAUGCCCAUCAAUGCCUCCAAUGCACUGACCCUGGCUCACCAGCUGCGAGUAUACACAGCCGAGGCUGCCAGCUUUUCGGACAUGAUGGAUGUAGUCUACGUGGCUCAGAUGAUCCAGAAAUUUUUGGGUUAUAUUGACCAGAUCAAAGAGCUGGUGGAGGUGAUGGUGGACAUGGCCAGCAACCUGAUGAUGGUAGACGAGCACCUGCUGUGGCUGGCCCAGCGUGAGGACAAGGCCUGCAGCCGCAUCGUGGGUGCCCUAGAGCGCAUCGGGGGGGCUGCCCUCAGCCCCCAUGCCCAGCACAUCUCGGUGAGUGCAAGGAACGUGGCCCUGGAGGCCUACCUCAUCAAGCCGCACAGCUAUGUGGGUCUGACCUGCACAGCCUUCCAGAGGAGGGAGAUCGGGGUACCAAGUGCACAGCUGGGUGGCCCUGGCCACAGCCCCCCGUCUGAGCCCGAGCCCUUGGCUGACCAGCAGCUCCGCUUCCGCUGCACCACCGGGAGGCCCAACAUUUCUCUGUCUUCCUUCCAUAUCAAGAACAGCGUGGCCCUGGCCUCCAUCCAGCUGCCUCCCAGUCUGUUCUCAUCCCUUCCGGCUGCCCUGGCUCCUCCAGGCCCCCCAGACUGCACCCUGCAACUGCUCGUCUUCCGAAACGGCCGCCUCUUCCGCAGCCAUGGCAACGCAUCCCGUCCUGGAGGCACUGGGCCCAGCAAGAGGCGAGGCGUGGCCACCCCUGUCAUCUUUGCAGGAACUAGUGGCUGUGUCGUGGGAAACCUGACUGAGCCAGUGGCCGUUUCGCUGCGGCACUGGGCUGAGGGGUCCGAACCUGUGGCUGCUUGGUGGAGCCAGGAGGGGCCCGGGGGACCUGGGGGCUGGAACUCGGAAGGCUGCCAGCUCCGCUCCAGCCAGCCCAACGUCAGCUCCCUGCACUGCCAGCACUUGGGCAACGUGGCCGUGCUCAUGGAGCUGAGUGCCUUCCCCCGGGAGGUGGGGGGCUCGGGGGCAGGGCUGCACCCCGUCGUGUAUCCCUGCACAGCCCUGCUGCUGCUCUGCCUCUUCUCCACCAUCAUCACCUACAUCCUUAACCACAGCUCCAUCCAUGUGUCCCGGAAGGGCUGGCACAUGCUGCUGAACCUGUGCUUCCACAUGGCCAUGACCUCCGCCGUCUUCGCAGGGGGUAUCACACUCACCAACUACCAGAUGGUCUGCCAGGCGGUGGGCAUCACUCUGCACUACUCUUCAUUGUCCACACUGCUCUGGAUGGGCGUGAAGGCCCGAAUCCUCCACAAGGAGCUCACCUGGAGGGCGCCCCCUCCACAUGAAGGGGACCCUGCCCCGCCUGCUCCUCGUCCCAUGCUGCGGUUCUAUUUGAUCGCUGGCGGGAUCCCACUUAUCAUCUGUGGCAUCACAGCUGCUGUCAACAUCCACAACUACCGGGACCACAGCCCCUACUGCUGGUUGGUGUGGCGUCCGAGCCUGGGCGCCUUCUACAUCCCGGUGGCCUUGAUUCUGCUCAUCACCUGGAUCUACUUCCUGAGCGCAGGGAUGCGUUUACGGGGUCCUCUGGCACGAAACCCAAAGGCGGGCAACAGCAGGGCCUCCCUGGAGCACGGGGAGGAGCUGAGGGCUUCCGCCAGGUUCCGGAGCAGCGGCCCCCUCCUGAAUGACGCAGGUUCCCUUCUGGCUACCGGGAGCGCGGGGGUGGGGACGCCCGGGUUCCCGGAGGACGGCGACAGCCUCUAUUCCCCGGGAGCCCGGCUGGGGGCGCUGGUGACCACGCAUUUCCUGUACCUAGCCAUGUGGGCCUGCGGGGCUCUGGCCGUGUCCCAGCGCUGGCUGCCGCGGGUGGUGUGCAGCUGCCUGUACGGCGUGGCGGCCUCCGCCCUGGGCCUCUUCGUCUUCUCUCACCACUGUGCCCGGAGGAGGGACGUGAGGGCCUCCUGCCUGAACGGCGCCCCCAGGGGCAAGUACGACGACAGCAGCACGACGGGCACGGAGGCGGCGGGCGGCUGCAUGAAGACUGGCCUCUGGAAGAGCGAGACCACCGUCUAG